AUGAUAAGAUGUGAAGAGUGGAGUAUGAUGGGAUGUGAUUUAGGAACAACAUUACCGCCAUUUUCAUUAGCCAAACUGACAGAUUCUCUUCUAAUAUAUCCAAUUAAAGUGGGCGCAGAUGAAACAAUGACAGGUAGUCAUGAACCACUUGGAAAAUUGAGAUGGGAGGUGGGGCAGGCGACGGAAUUCUUCAUGCUCAUUCCACGCAUUCCACCCGUGUCUGUUCAGCAGUGUCGUGUCCCGUCGAGAUUGCUUUUUCGGAAGGUUCGUUCUCGAGCCUACGGCGCUCGCUCGUUCCUCUCGCGACGUAACUGCGAAAGUGUUGACGAGAGCGCCAGCGUCGUCAUCGGCUUUGAAGCGGAAAGAUUUGCGUUGCAGGCGGUAAAGAACAGUGUUAUUGCUGAAUGUGAAGAAGAAAAUCUUUAUUUUGAACUUUCUCAAAAUAUCUCGAGAAUGAUGUCUUACCUGAUAGAUCAGGAUGUACUUCUGGAAGUGCCUCUCUCUAUCGAUAUAUUGUUUAUCCGUACUUCCUGA